GCAGGAAUCAGACGCUCAGACGGGUUCGGGAUAUCGUCGAGCGUGCUGUGAAAAUUCCCCGUUGGGGCAAAGUUUCGGGAGUCGUGCGCGUAAGUUGUCAUGUGCAACUUUUUCGUGAUUUAACUAUGCCAUUGUCAGUGUUUUCUGUGAUUUUCAUUUACAUCUUUUUGGGGUUUGGAACUGACGCAGAGGCUCAAGACUACCAACGACCGGAUAUUUUCGCUCUCCUUACUGGAACCCUGCGUACAUUCCAAAGGGCGGGCUGCGACAAUGACAUUGUUACUUUAAAAUGUCCAGCAGGAACAAGUAUAUCCGUCCAGAUAGCGCAAUACGGAAAGUCCGCAUCGUCAAAGGGACUUUGCCCCAAAUCGACAGCAACAUCGAUAUCGACAACAACAAAUGACGACCCAGAUAUUUCCGAACCGACGGAUUGCCUUUUACCAGAUUCCAUACAGUAUUCUCUCUUGCAGACGGUCAUCGAAGCAUGCCAGAAGAAGCGUCAAUGCAAAUUCCAGACUUCGCCCACAACGUUUGGAGGAGAUCCCUGUCCACGUGUUCCAAAGUACGUGGAAGUUGCUUACAAAUGCAGACCAUAUGAGUUUCGAAGUAAAGUGGCCUGUGAGAAUGAACGAAUUCAGCUGAAGUGCAAUCCACAUUCGAGAGUGGCCGUAUACAGCGCGAGUUAUGGAAGGACCCAAUACGAAAGCAUUCAAUGUCCUCAAGCACAAGGAGUCCCUGAAGAAACUUGUUUGGCGAGCUACGCCACCGAAACUGUUAUGCAGCUUUGCCAUGGCAAAAGAAGCUGCGACCUAGCAGCUGAUGUAGGUUCCUUUGGAAGUCCUUGCAAACCUCAAUCUCGGACCUAUUUGAAGGUCGUCUACACGUGCGUUCCCAGGCGUGUUUUAAAAGACCAAUAUGAAGGCGUUUUGGAACCAGAUGAGAAAAAUUACAAUCCCAAUGAAGGAUUCGAUGAAUUCGACAAUUACGACACAGAAAACGAACACAUUAGAGAGUCAGCAGCUUCGCCUCCCAUCUCGCAGCUGGAUAAUGCUUCCAAGGAUAACCUGACGAAGAACGCCGAAGAUACUGCUUCGCAAGAUAAAUCUCAUGCUUUAGGAUUUGAAAUCAAUCAACGUUACCUGAUAUACAUUGGAAUUGGGGUAACGGCGGCUGUCCUACUGCUGAUUAGUUCAUUAAUUAGUCGAGUAUUAAUUAAAAAACAUCGAACGGAGAAGGAAACCACAUUCUAUGCUACUAGCAUAUCAGACCACACUCUUGCCAACGGUUUUACAGAUGAUAUUAGUGAGGUAGACGCGGAUAUUGAUCUACAAACAACACUGCCCAUGUCGAUACCAUCAGUGACGGUACACCCAGUACCAAUGGGCACAAUCGCCGAAGUAGUAAGAUAUCCAGAAUACCCAGAAUAUCCGCAUAUGCAUUCCCAUUCACACACAUUUCGUGGAUCUCCUCGCGGAAUUCUGGAGACAGAAAUCAUGCCCACUCGUCCCAUGAGAGAUGCCAGUACUAGUCAGUACUAUUAUGGAUGACCUGAGUUUUCGGGGAAUGAACCAGUUCCCCGAAGUGUACAAAUUCAGCGAGAGGAAAAGAAAAAUAGUAGCCAUUUUGUAUGCCAAGAACAGCGUACCUAUUGUUUCUAAGUUGGUUAGCAAGAAAAUAUUCAGGGUAGUAGAGAAAUUACUGAUGGAUCUUAGUGGAUGGAAGCACAAUUAUUAUGAAACUAAGGAAUUUACUUCAACCAAACUACCACAAUAAAAGAAAACAACGUCCUAAGAACAGUGCAGUUAAAACUGGUAAUUGUGCUUCAAACGACGUGGAGAAGCUAGAAUUCACUACAGAGGCGACUUUCUGUGUUUGUAUCUCUCAUCUCAGGGGCUUAAUUUUUUUUCAUCUCCUCUGCAAAAGCAAGUUUUAGUUGUGCUUUUGAACGGUUGCACAAUUGAAUAAGGGUUCUAUAAAGUAUGUUUAUUCGUAACGUUUCAGGUAUUUUAUUAUAUCAACUUACAAUUAAUCUGAAAUAGCAUGUGGAAAUUACUUAA